UCGAAAGUAGACUCAAACUUUGGAAUUUUAUUCAUGCCAAAAGUGAAAGAAACAGACAUAUAUAUAUUAGGUAAAUUAAUUUGCAGACUCCUCUGGAAAUAAAGAUCAUCACUCCUUUUCGUGUAAUAAAAGAUUUCCUUCUUCCGGUUGGCCAUAACAAUUAAAGAUGUGUGUUUGCUGCAUUUAGCUAUCGAAAGCGGAAAUUUUUGUUCUCACAUUUCCUUCUUUUUCUUAUUCAUGCUUUAUUGCAACGAGAGUGGAAACUUUUAAAAUUUAACUAUGGGAAAUACAACAUCGACAGAAGACAAGGUUCCUAAGGAAAUAUUUGUAGAACAAAUCAACCAAGAAAUAGUCGAAAGCUCAACUGAUGCGUUGGUAGUAUUUGUGGAUACCAGUUGGAGCCAAGAUGAUGAAAUAAUAAAAGUUUUGGCAGCUAUUGGUAAAAACAAGUUCGUUUCGGAAUGGGACAAACUAAAAGACACGAAAGCUAAUAACUGUCAGGUUGGCGAUGUAUUUCGCGUUCCUUCCGGUGGUAUCCAGUGUCGCCAUCUACUGUUUGCAGUUUGGCGGGAAGGAGAUGCAAAAGAUACGACCGAUGUGCAGUUUAAUUUCAUUGUACAAAAUAUGCUGGAGAGGGCAAAAGAAUUGGACGAUAAAGUUUGCAACAUAGCCAUUCCAAUGGGCGAUGGUAUGGACAUCGAAACCCACGUAAAGAUAAUGAACAACGUUUUUCUUUGGUUGAUGGGAUUAAGUUCAGACACUACAACACAUAUACAUUUUCUUGCUUCUAACCUUCCUGUGAAAGAAGUUCUCGAGAAUACAUUGCAGAACUUUAAGGAAUUUGCUCAGAAAAAACUCGAUGAUACGACGAAUGACGAGUCUGAAGAUAGUGGUGAUGCAACACCUCAAACUCUAACAGGAAUCGACAUGACAGAACCUUCAGAGGAAGACCUAAAUGGAUACGAUGAUGAUGACAAUGAUGAUAAGACUAGAUGGGAUGAGUAUCCGAACAACAUACAGAGAGAACAUCUUCAUAGAAUGUCAUCUGAAAGUAGUUGCGAGGAAAUAAUUCCAUUUAGAAAAAAUGUGGACAAGUUUCCCGAGAAGGAAAGUAUAUGGAAAUACUAUGCUGGUUCACAUGAUGAUUUUGAAAACAUUAAGCGUACAAAACGUCCAAAAUCUGUACUAUUUGAUGAAGUUGCAGACGAAUAUUCUAUGGAGGGCAGACCAGUACAAAGAACACUUUCACAGUCUAGUGUUGAUGAAGUGAUGUUGGAUUUUACAAAUUAUCCAUCAAAACGUAAAAUUAGACGACCAAGAAAACCUAAACCUAAAUCUAAAAAAUCAGAGGUCCCACCAUCACCAUCACCACCACCAACAGAAGCAUUCUUCUGUAGUAUUUGCCAGUCAAAGAAACAUGAGACAACUAAACGAGUUUUAGAAAAAUGUGGACACGAGUUUUGUUCCGAAUGCAUUAAAAAACAUUUUGAAGAAAAACCGUCCUGCCCCAACUGUAACACAUUUUAUGGGAAACCUCUUGGUAACCAGCCAUAUGGUGUUAUGUCAUGCAGGACUGUGAACCAGUACCUUCCUGGUUUCCCUGGAACAGACACUAUCAUAAUUGAUUAUGACAUCCCAGACGGAGUUCAGACGGAGAGACACCCAAACCCUGGUGUUAAGUUUAAAGGAGCCCACCGAACAGCAUACCUGCCUGAUAAUGAACAAGGCAGACUCAUCCAUAGAAUGCUAAAAAAAGCGUUUGAUCAACAGUUAGUCUUUACAGUGGGGAAAUCAGCUACCUCAGGCCGAGAUAAUGUGGUCACGUGGAACGACAUCCACCACAAAACACGUGCUGAUGGAGGUCCAGAAAGAUAUGGCUAUCCCGAUCCGGAAUAUUUGGAUAGAGUAUAUGAACAGUUGAAAAAAAGUGGUAUAAUCGACGACGACUGACUUAGUUGUGUUUAAUCUGUGUUUAAAAUGAUUUAUGAAUAUGCUUAAAUUAACUGUGAUGGUUUUUAUAGAGUUUAUUAGAUAAGUAGAAAACAAGUGAAUUAUAAUAAAACUAUCCAAACUUAAUAGAAAAUUACAUUUUGGAAAUUAAAUAUUAAGUGAUUUAAUUUGAAGGGUUUAUUUAUCAUUUUUUUUUAAAUUUCGAAAUAGAAAUGCUGUGCAAAUCAUAUAUGUUUUUAAAUUAACAACAAUUUGAAUUAUUGUGCAUUUUACUGUGCAGUUUUUUUCAAGUUUAUUUUAUGUUACAGAGAAAAAAAUAACUGGAAUUCAUCAUUUCGUCUGGUUACUCAAAUGCUUUAAUAGUCUAAAUUUUAUAGGUCUCUGUUAUGUUUCAUCCUAACUACUUCAGAUUGCUACUCGUCGGUAUAACUUUUCAAAUGUUAGAUUAUGAACCAAAAUUGUUCAGCCAAAGCGUGAUUUACCCUUUUCCAGAUUUGGAAAUAUUGAUAAUAAUACCCAACGCAUGGUAGUAUAGUUGUAUACACAUGUGAUUUGAACUGACAAGUGGUAGAACAAUUAGCGUGUAUCUUUUUAUAUAAUUUGUUUUUCAUUUAAAGUUAUUUUUUUUUCUUUGAAGAAAAAAAUAUUACGAAAAAGAGUUUUUUUUAUUUUUUAAAAAAAAAUUUAAUGUUAGCAAACGAUUGGUACAACACAGGUUUAGAUUUAAAGAGGUUAAGUAUUGAUAAACAACAGGGGCUUAAAAAAACAAUGUGACAAUAACAAGUGAGAUUAUUAUACAAUUGAGAAAUGACUGUAAUAUUCUUUCUGUGUAUUUAGAAAUAACAUAAAAAAAAAAACCGUGGUGCAUACUGAAUAACCCGUGUAGCGGGUUUUUAAAAAAGUGUUUAUUAUAUUGUUAUUGUAUUUUAAAGUUAUUUCUUAUAUUUUAAUUCUUAACAGGAGUAUGUAAUGAAAAAACGUUAAUGACGUCGCGGUCACAUGACAAAAUUAUUGGAUCUAUGAGCUUAUAGACAAAAAACACUUUCAGCCAACCAGAAGACGUGUUACAUCCACAAUCAAAUUCUUUUAAAAUUUCUCUUUUUUGAUAAAUCGUUAUAUGAGCCUUAUUCUUUUGUAUUAUAUACUGUUAUAAUCAUAUGUACCCUAAUGUCAAUGUGUUUACUUUAACAUGUUUGGUUGAUCAAUUGUUAAUGAAUGUACGUGCUUAAAGAAAUAUGUGACUUUUUGUAUAUCAAUUUUUUAGAUAUAAAUGUAAUUUGUAUGAAAUUAAUUAAGUGUAAAACAUCAUCAGAGAUACCCUGAUAAAAAAAAUCGUUCACCAGACAAAUUUCAUGUACAUUAUGGCAUAUUAUCUCACAAUUUACUAAAUGAGACGAGCAUUAUUGUAUGAUCUUUAUAAUCUAAAUAUUCAACACAAUGUUCAACAAUUAAUGUUUAUCUAGUACUUAAUGGUGUACGAAUUUAUGUAGAAAACGUCAUAAAAUGAAAAUCAUCAUUUUAUAUUUGUUUUCAGAUUUCAUUUCAGAAUGUUGACCAAUUAAAUUCAAAAUAACAUACAGAAUAUAAAAAAAUAUAGAUUUAAAAAUUGAAUGAUUCUGUUUUUAAUUUGAUUGAAGUGUAAAAGUGUUGACCAAAGUGCAUUCUGGAUAAAGCAUUUAAGAGCUUUAUACUAAAAUUUGUACACACGAUCAACGAUUUUGCAACCCUAGAAGAUACAAAAUAAACUCAUCAUAUAUUGCAGGAUUUGAAUUUUGUUUUUACGCCAUACGCACGUAAUUUACAUUCUACGAACUUCUAUGUCUUUAUCUCU